AUGAUUACCUACCAGGACCUCAUCAGCCAUGAUGAGAUGUUCGUCAAUAUUUACAAGAUCCAGGAGAUCUUGAAUGGGCUAUUCCUGGAGGUGGAGGGGAAAUUGAUCAGUAGGACAGAGGGUACCAUUGAUGAUUCACUCAUUGGUGGAAAUGCCUCUGCUGAAGGUCCUGAGGUACAGGUAAUCACUGGAGUUGAUAUAGUUAUAAAUCAUUAUCUGCAAGAAAAUAGCUUCACAAAAGAAUCCUACAAAAAGUACAUCAAAGACUACAUGAAAUCAAUCAAAGGCAGACUUGAAGAACAGAAGCCAGAUAGAGUAAAACCUUUUAUGACAGGAGUCACAGAACAAAUCAAACAUAUCCUUGCUAAUUUUAAUAAUUAUCAGUUCUUCAUAGGUGAAAACAUGAAUCCAGAUGGCAUGGUGGCUCUCUUAGAUUUCCAUGAGGAUGGUGUGACCCCAUAUAUGAUUUUCUUUAAGGAUGGUUUAGAAAUGGAGAAGUGUAACAAAUUCAGCCAAUUAUGUUGGGUCACCUGUCAUCAUAACUGGCUGCUGCUUUUUGUCAUCUACACAACAUCAGGACUUGGACAAAUUUCGACUGAUAUCACCUUGAGCUUUAUUCAUUUAUUUUGACCUGAUUUAUUUGGA